CAGAAAGGAGAUGCUAGUAAGUAGGCUAGUAAGUAUUAGCAUGAAGGAGGUGUGUCCAGGCUGCUGAUAGGGGCGUGACAUCUUCCUUAAAUGUGACUUGUCAUCGAUUUCCCAUCCAGUCCGUCUGCAGGAGCAACAACGGAACCUCUCUGUCUGAAAAUGGCCCAGUCAAUCCUCGACAAGAUGUCUGGAACCUCCACAGGAUCCGUGGAGAUCACAGACCCUCUGAACUACUGGGGUGGACAACGAGUGAAACCCCGACAGGAGAAGAACGCGGAGCCCGUGUUCGAGCCUGCAACUGGCCGAGUCUUGUGUCAGUUGUUCCCCUGUGGGUCCGAGGAGGUGGACGAAGCCAUGCAAAGUGCCCACGCCGCCUACCUAAAAUGGCGCAAGAUGGCCGGCAUGGAGAGGGCCCGUGUGAUGCUCGAGGCCGCCCGCAUUAUCAGGGAGAGAAGGGAGAAAAUUGCAAGGCUCGAAGUGAUCAACAACGGCAAGUCCAUCACUGAAGCCCUGGGGGAUAUUGAUGUUGCUUGGCAGACCAUUGAGUAUUACGCUGGCCUGGCUGGAACGCUCUCAGGCCAGCACGUUCAGCUUCCUGGUGGAGCGUUUGCUUACACCAUUAGGGAGCCCCUUGGUGUGUGCGUGGGAAUCGGUGCGUUUAACUACCCAUUCCAGAUUGCAGUAACGAAGUCUGCUCCGGCUCUUGCAUGUGGUAACGCCAUGGUGUUCAAGCCCUCUCCCAUGACUCCUGUGACUGCUGUCGUCCUGGCUGAAAUCUACAAAGAGGUGGGAGUCCCCGAUGGGCUCUUCUGUGUGGUCCAAGGCGGAGCAGAAACUGGCACCUUGCUGUGCAAUCACCCAAUGGUCGCCAAAGUCUCCUUCACCGGCAGCGUUCCAACAGGCAAAAAGAUCAUGGAAAUGUCCUCAAAGGGGGUGAAGCAGGUGACUCUGGAGCUUGGAGGGAAAUCUCCUCUGAUCAUCUUCAAAGACUGUGAGCUGGAGAACGCAGUGAAAGGAGCGCUUAUGGCUAACUUCCUGACGCAGGGCCAGGUGUGCUGCAAUGGGACCAGAGUGUUUGUGCAGAGAGAGAUCAUGCCACAGUUCCUGGAGGAAGUGGUCAAGAGGACCAAAGCCAUCCCUGUGGGCGACCCGCUGCUUGAUGGCACCCGGAUGGGGGCGUUGAUCAGCAAACCACAGCUGGAUAAAGCGCUGAAGUACGUCAGUCAGGCCAAGGCCGAGGGAGGCAAAGUGCUUUGUGGAGGAGAUCGUUUUGUCCCCAGUGACCCCAAACUGAAAGAGGGGUAUUUUAUGUCACCCUGUGUACUUGAUAACUGCAGAGACGACAUGACCUGCGUGAAGGAGGAGAUUUUUGGCCCCGUCAUGUCUGUCAUGCCCUUCGACACGGAGGAAGAAGUCAUCCGUAGGGCCAACAACACCACCUAUGGUCUGGCUUCAGGAGUCUUCACCAGGGACAUUUCUCGAGCACAUCGUGUGGCUGAGAAUCUGGAGGCAGGGAGCUGCUACAUCAACAACUACAACACCAGCCCUGUGGAAAUGCCAUUUGGAGGAUACAAGAAUUCAGGCUUUGGCAGAGAGAACGGCCAAGUGACAAUCGAGUACUACUCCCAGCUGAAGACUGUGGUGGUGGAAAUGGGCAACGUGGAGAGCCUCUUCUAAACUCAUCAGGUUGACAUUGGUGUGCCAGAACUGUGAAUGAAGCACUUCACUUCUCCCUUUACUAAUGUGCUAUGCAUCACAUAUUGAAUGUAGAGCAUGUAAUACUCUAAUCUUUGUACUGCCUUCAAGCAUGCAUAGUGAAAGCUGAAGAAAUGGACCAGAAUCGCUUGUUCCCUGCUUUACUCUUUGGUGUCUUUACCUAACGAGUGACCCUAUUUAGUAAUAUAUCUAAGGGUUUACUGAAAGACAGCCAAGAGCCUUAAUUAGAAAUUCUGUGUACAAAGACUGGGUGAUCAGAAUUAGGAGAAAACUUCUGUUAAACAUUUUUUUUUUUUAGGUUUUAUACUGUACACUUGAGUGAAACGUUAAUGGACAACCGCUUCCUUUUUCUCAAAAUAAAGUGUUUUUGAUGCAA